GUGAACUUUGCAAGCCUGAAGCCACGAGACUGAUAUUCCUGCAUCGUCAGUUGGCUCCAAACCUUUCCCGUCUCCUGUUCGGUCGUAACAUGCGUGCAAAAUGUGGCCGGGAUGUUAUAAAAACCAGUGGUAGACCCCCCACUUGCUUGGGGUCCCAGGCUGAGCACUGAUUGGCAGAGAAGCACCGAUGGUCCCAUCCACACUGUGUGCUCACCGCCAGACCGCCACCUGCUGCCCUGACCGCUCGAAGCUUCGUGGUCCCACCUGCUUGCCCGCCCGUGCGCUACCCACCCUCCCACCGCCAUGGCGAGGGACUCCAAGCGCAGGUCUGUGUCCUGCCAGUGCUUUUUCCUGCUGACUGCCAAGUGCUGCUGGCUGCUCACAUCCAUGCAGAAGACGGAGGCCCAGGAGCAUGCGCACUCCAUCCGGCUGGAUGGCGACAUCAUCUUGGGCGGCCUGUUCCCCGUGCACGCCCGCGGCGACCGGGGCGUGCCCUGCGGGGAGCUGAAGAAGGAGAAGGGCAUCCACCGCCUGGAGGCCAUGCUCUUUGCCAUCGACCAGAUCAACAAGGACCCCGAGCUGCUGCCCAACAUCACGCUGGGGGCGCGCAUCCUGGACACCUGCUCGCGCGACACCUACGCCCUGGAGCAGUCGCUCACCUUUGUGCAGGCGCUCAUCGAGAAAGACUCGUCAGACGUGCGCUGUGCCAACGGCGACCCGCCCAUUUUCACCAAGCCCGACAAGAUCGUGGGGGUGAUCGGGGCUGCCGCCAGCUCUGUGUCCAUCAUGGUGGCCAACAUCCUGCGACUCUUCAAGAUACCGCAGAUCAGCUACGCCUCCACAGCUCCUGAACUGAGCGACAACACCCGCUACGACUUCUUCUCCCGUGUGGUGCCACCGGACUCCUACCAGGCACAGGCCAUGCUGGACAUCGUCAUGGCGAUGGGCUGGAGCUACGUUUCCACGUUGGCAUCGGAAGGCAACUACGGCGAGAGUGGCGUAGAGGCCUUCGUCCAGAUUUCCCGGGAGACAGGCGGGGUAUGCAUCGCACAGUCUCUGAAAAUCCCCCGUGAGCCGAAGCCAGGGGAGUUUGACAAGAUAAUCCUGCGUCUUCUGGAGACCUCCAACGCCCGUGCCGUGAUCAUGUUCGCUAACGAGGACGACAUCAGACGGAUCCUGGAUGCUGCCAAGCGCAAUAAUCAGACGGGCCACUUCCUGUGGGUGGGUUCGGACAGCUGGGGCUCCAAAAUCGCCCCGGUGAUCCAGCAGGAGAAGGUGGCCGAGGGCGCCGUCACCAUUCUGCCCAAGCGUGCCUCCGUUGAUGCGUUUGACAGGUACUUCAGGAGCCGAUCCCUCUCCAACAACAGAAGGAACGUGUGGUUUGCAGAAUUCUGGGAGGAGAACUUUGGCUGCCGGCUGGGAUCACACGGCAAGCGCCCGGGCAGCCUGAAGAAAUGCACAGGGUUGGAGAAGGUGGGGAGAGACUCUAGCUACGAGCAGGAGGGCAAGGUGCAGUUUGUGAUUGACGCCGUGUAUGCCAUGGCCCACGCCUUGCACCGCAUGCACCGGGACCUGUGCUUCGGCUACCCGGGUCUCUGCCCUCGCAUGGCCAACAUCGAUGGCAAGGAACUGCUCGCUCAUAUCCGUGCUGUCCGCUUUAACGGAAGUGCCGGGACCCCUGUCGUCUUCAAUGAGAAUGGCGAUGCGCCCGGCCGGUAUGACAUCUUCCAGUACCAGAUCACGAACAAAUCGACAGCAGAGUACAAAGUCAUUGGGCACUGGGCGAACCACCUGCAUCUGAACAUGGAAGCCAUGAGGUGGGCCAACGGUGGCCGUGCUGUACCCGCCUCCGUGUGCAGCGUGCCAUGCAGGACCGGUGAACGCAAGAAGAUCGUGAAGGGCGUGCCAUGCUGCUGGCACUGUGAGCGCUGUGAGGGAUACCACUACCAAGCCAGCGAGUUCAGCUGCGAGCUUUGCCCCUACGAGCAGCGGCCCGACCGCAACCGCACCGGCUGCCAGCCCAUCCCCAUCAUCAAGCUGGAGUGGCACUCGCCCUGGGCCGUCGUGCCCGUUUUCGUCGCCAUGCUGGGCAUCAUCGCCACCACUUUCGUCAUCGUCACGUUCGUGCGCUACAAUGACACGCCCAUUGUGCGCGCCUCAGGCCGGGAGGUGAGCUACGUGCUACUCACGGGGAUCUUCCUGUGCUACGCCAUCACCUUCCUGAUGAUUGCUGCUCCGGACGUGGUUGUCUGCUCGCUGCGCCGCAUCUUCCUGGGCCUGGGCAUGUGCUUCAGCUAUGCCGCCCUGCUGACCAAGACCAACCGCAUCCACCGUAUCUUUGAGCAGGGCAAGCGAUCAGUGACAGCGCCCCGCUUCAUCAGCCCCGCCUCUCAACUGGUCAUCACCUUCAGCCUCAUCUCUGUGCAGCUGCUGGGUGUCUUUGUGUGGUUUGCUGUGGACCCGCCCCACACUGUUGUGGACUUCGGGGAGCAGCGCACCCAGGACCCGGAGAACGCCCGUGGGAUCCUCAAGUGCGACAUCUCGGACCUGUCGCUCAUCUGCUCCCUGGGAUACAGUAUUCUGUUGAUGGUCACAUGCACUGUUUAUGCUAUUAAGACAAGGGGCGUCCCAGAGACGUUCAAUGAGGCCAAGCCCAUUGGAUUUACCAUGUAUACUACCUGCAUUAUCUGGUUAGCUUUUAUUCCCAUCUUCUUCGGGACUGCGCAGUCAGCAGAGAGGAUGUACAUCCAGACGACCACGCUGACUGUGUCGCUGAGCCUCAGCGCCUCGGUGUCCCUGGGGAUGCUCUACAUGCCCAAGGUCUACAUCAUCAUCUUCCACCCAGAGCAGAACGUGCCCAAGCGCAAGCGCAGCUUCAAGGCCAUUGUGACCGCCGCCACCAUGUCUGGCAAACUGACGCAGAAGGGUGCCGACCGCCCUAACGGCGAGGUCAAGACAGAGCUCUGCGAGAGCAUAGACACCAACACAGCUUCAUCGACUAAGACGACGUACGUCAGCUACAGCAAUCACGCCAACUGAAAGAGCGCCCCCAGGGUGGGGCCGUUCCUGAGGUACUAUGGCUUCCGCACAGAUCCGUGAUGGUCAGCGAGGAUGGGGGAGGGCAGGAGUUGGGGGGUCCGCCUCUGGUACUGGCUCAUGAGACCUGUGUACCGUUUGACUUCGAACUGAUGUAUGAGAAAGAGAAAGAACGAGAGCGAGCGAGAGAGAGAGUGAGAACGUGGAAUUCGGACGAGAGCGUUCAGCGCUAACAGCCCUGCCAUGAGUAAAUAGGCAAAAACUGAACUGCUGUUUGAGAGACACUGAGCGACACAUUCAAAACACAUAACAGAGCAGAGCGGGAUGAUUUCAAGAAAAAAAAACUUUUGAAAACAGAUUUAAAUAUACAGAAAAGAAAAGAAAAAGCAUCAGAGUCAACCAUGUUUGUUGUUAUUCUACUUGUAAGUAUUUUUGUGGUUGUGAAGAUUUUUCAUCCUUGUCCCUCUUUGUCCAAACUGCAUAAUGAGAUCAGUUGUCUCCUGUAUUGGCUAACUGGGUUG